UGUCUAACCGUCCAUUUUCCAACUUGAAUUACAUCAGGCUGAUCCCGCAAUUAUUUGAUUUGUGUGCACUGUGAUAAACGGAUUUAACUAACAAAGGAAAUACCUGUUUUACCUCUUGUUCCCAAGUAUUCAAGAUGGUGUGGCUGUACGUUGUAGCUGCGGUGGUGGUUUUUCUUCUCCUGAAGGAGCUGAUGAGACUUCCAACUGUCGGCAAAUAUGGGGAGCGUUACGUCUUCAUCACCGGCUGCGACACCGGCUUUGGGAACCUACUGGCCAAACGACUGGACUCCCUCGGCUUCAACGUGUUUGCAGCGUGUUUCUCUGAAAGAGGAGCAGAUGAACUGAGGAAAGUGUCGUCUGCCCGACUGAAGACGUUGUCGUUGGAUGUGACUAAACCCGACAGUAUUGUGAAGGCGCGUGCAACAGUAGAAAAACAACUUCCGUCAAAUAAAGGGCUGUGGGCAGUCGUCAACAAUGCUGGUAUAACCGGGGCACUUGGCCUGUCGGAAUGGAUGACAAGGCAAGAUUAUGAACGGUGUAACUCGAUCAAUCUAUACGGCGUGAUUGACGUUACAAGAAUAUUUCUGCCACUUGUACGCAAAGGUCAAGGACGCAUAGUCAAUGUCUCUAGCGUGAUCGGAAGGAUUGCAGCAGCGUUUGCACCGUAUGUUGUCUCCAAAUAUGGCGUCGAAGGAUUUACAGAUUGUCUCAGACGAGAGGUUUUAAAGCAGGGUGUGACCGUCCAUUUACUGGAGCCUGGCUACUUCAGAACAAACAUGUUAAACACCGAUGCUAUGAAGACAUCCUUUGAGAACAGUUUUAAGCAGACGGAUCCGGAUGUCCAACGAUAUUACGGAAAAGAAUUCGUUCGGAAAGUGCUUCCGGUUUUUGACAAAGUCGCAUGUGACGUAGCGUCCCCCAAGACGCACCUGGUUGUGGACGCCUACACACACGCCAUCACCGCCAUAUUCCCCCGCACUCGCUACCUGGUGGGAAACGACUGCAAAUACUACUUUAGAUUGCUGUGGAAUCUGCCUGAGUGGAUCUCUGACCGGAUACUCUCUGCUAACUAUGAAGUGCCAGAAGGAGCUCUCUCUCGACGUUAAGAUUAAGACAGCUACCAUCCAACAAUGGUGUAUCCCUUCUUACGUCCAUCAGUCUAUUUAAACUCAGCAACCGGCGCACCAUCUCUGGUGGUGCUGGAGACCUAUAUUGGAUUGCGACAUCUGUUGGGAUCAAAUCUUGGGUGUGUUGUACAACAACCUGACCAGUGUUGGAUUGUUCUUGAGUUCAUGGUAAAGAAGAGAAUCUGAUCUAAUGUCCUCAUCAGAUGUUACUUCCUUGAGUAAAUAUAUUUAUCUGUAUUGACAUCAAGAAAUAUCAGACGCACAUUUGUUCAGCUCCGACUAGGUCUUUUAGAUUUAAGUAUUAUUGAAGAUAGAAGAUUGUCUGUAGAAAGAAAUAUGAGAAUUUGUCCAUUAUGCACUUCAUCUAUUGAAGAUGAAAUUCAUUUUAUAUUUGUAUGUCCAUAUUAUGAUGAUCUUAGAAGAAAAUAUAUUUCAAGUAAUUAUCUAUCAAAAUAUCCAACAAUAGCCUUUGUCUCGAUUCUCACUUCCAGAAAUGAAACUGUUACCCGUAACCUUUCACUGUUUGUAAAGCAUGCUGUUGUCUUGAGAAAUGAUAGGUUAUCCAAGUAAUUUCAUUGUAUUAUGUAUUAUAGUUAUGUAUAUGUAUGUAACUCCUUGCAUAUGGGCCGGAAGACUUGUAUACAAUAAACUUGACUUGACUUGA